UUUAGAAAACAUCGAAAUUAUUAUACAAACGAUUUUAAAUAUGGCAAAGUUAAUAGUACAUAUUGCUUUUUUCAUCUAUUGCCAGGCUGCCGCCCCAGCCGCACGUAGAGGAGCAGGAGGACAGGCGGGAGAUCAAGGAGUAGCCGCGGAGGUUAUCACAGAUUAUAAAGCUGAUGAGUUAUGGGAAGAUGGUCGAUUAAUAGUGACAACAAAAGUAAACGAAUCAACACUGAUGAAUUAUGGUACAAUGGAAGAUGGAAGAUCGUUUAUUUUGGAGGAGAAGCCGUUUCUGUUUAUGGAAAACUCUUUUAAUUUGAUAAAGUGAAAUCAGGAGAACUGUAAAUGUGCAAAUGGUAAAAUAAUUAAUUCGUGAUAAGAUAAGUGAUAAAGAUAAGUGAUAAGUGAUAAAGACGAGUGAUAAAGAUCAAAAAAAAUUGUUCCGAC